AUGAGGCUUUGCUGGUACGGUUCGCUUGGCCAACGAGGACCGCGACGCUUUGGCUCUCAGAAUGCUAUCGAUGCCGCGGCGACUGGCCCUUCGCCAUCCGAGACCAGGUACCUGCAGCCGAGGCUAGACUUCGAUAUCCGAGCAGCAGCAAGGUCGGCCAUCGAGGCCAUGAACAAGAAGUUCUAUUCCUCCGCGCAGGCAAUCUGGUCGCCAGGUGACCCGUGGUGGCUCAGCGGCGUAGCUCUCACCGCUGUCAUAGACUACAUGCGCAAGACAGGUACCGGCGAUUACCUGGGUCAAGUUGAGAACAUAAUCCGGGUACAGAGAACCCAACAUCCGCAGAACGGUGGCGAGUUCCGCGCCGACUCGACUGACGAUACGGGAUGGUGGGGGCUCGCCAUGAUUCGGAUGUACGACCUGACGGGCAACAGCACCUACCUCAACAUCGCGACCGAGGACGAGACCUUUAUGUACAAAUACUGGACUUCCUUCCCUUGCGGUGGUGGAAUAUAUGUCGACACCAAAACCAAGACAUACAAGAACGCCAUCGCAAACGAGCUCUACAUCAAGCUCGCGGCCUCCCUGCACAACCGCAUCGCCAACGAUACCAAGUACCUUUCUCGAGCGGAAACCGCCUGGACCUGGUUCCAAAGAUCGGGCAUGAUCAAGGGCGACAACCUGAUCAACGAUGGACUAGCCGCUUCCAGCAACGGGGCCUGCUACAACAAUAGGCUGCCCGUCUGGACCUACAACCAAGGCGUCAUUCUCGGCGCCCUCGUCGAACUCUACCGUGCCACCUCCUCCGAGAGCUACCUGACCUCGGCCCGCGCCAUCGCCGACGCGGUCCUCUCCAACGACGGCAGCACCAAUCCGCAGCUCAGCUCCCCAUACGACGGCGAAGGCGGCGGGGGCGUCCUGACGGAGGCGUCCUGCAAGCCCGACGAGCCGGACGGGUGCAACCAUGACCAGCAGGUCUUCAAGGGCGUCCUGGCGUACAACCUGGCCGAGCUCGACGCGGCCGUCCCGGACGGCAGCCGGCCUUACCGGGCGUACCUGGAGCGGAACGCCCAGAGCGCGUACGUCAACGCGCGGGAGCAGGCGACAGACCUGUACGACGUCGGCUGGGCAGGGCCGCCCUUCAGGAACUCGACAAUCGGGAAGCAGGCGAGCGCGGUCGGGCUGCUGGUCGCUGUGGUCUGA